AUGACACAGUCAAGGAACCAAGUCAUUUACGCUGCUUCAGGCGAAGCUGCGCGCAAUAAGAAAUCCAUCUUCCUCGCUGGUUCGAUCAGCCACGACGACAGUCACAACUGGCGGAAUGUUUUAACAACCUCCCUGUCCGAUUUAUCUAUCACGAUCUACAACCCGCACCGUCCAGAUUGGGACAGUUCAUGGGAUGAGGAUAUCGAAUACACACCUUUCCGAGAGCAAGUGGAGUGGGAGCUUGAAAAGCAGGAAGUUGCAGACAUUAUCGUUGUUUACUUUCACCCGGCUACUAAGGCGCCAAUCAGCCUACUCGAGCUUGGUCUUUGUGCACGGGUACCAGGAAAAGCUCUUGUUGUUUGCCCACCAGGCUAUUGGAAAAGAGGGAAUGUCCAAGUUGUAUGCAAGCGAUUUGGUAUGCAGAUGGUGGAAAGUAAUGAUGAGUUGAAGAGGGUGCUAGCAGUAAAGUUAGGUCUCAGUGCCUCUUGCAAUGUAGCCCAGGAUUGA